AUGGCUACUAUGCCAAAAUGCGAGGAACUUUCAUAUCCUUUUUGUCCUGAUGAAUCAAAGUACGAGAAAUUGGCCAAAAUCGGACAAGGAACGUUCGGGGAAGUAUUCAAGGCCCGAGACAAGAAAACCAAGAUGGUGGUUGCCAUGAAGAAAGUUCUGAUGGAGAAUGAAAAGGAAGGUUUCCCUAUCACAGCCCUGAGAGAGAUCAAGAUUCUGCAGGUUCUGAAAAAUGACAACAUUGUGAACUUGUUAGAAAUCUGCAGGGCUAAAGCCACCCCUUACAACCGGUACAAGUCCACAGUCUAUCUGGUGUUUGAGUUCUGUGAGCAUGACCUGGCUGGGUUACUAAGCAACCCUCAGGUGAAAUUCAGCUUGGCAGAGAUCAAGAAGGUCAUGCAGCAGUUACUUAAUGGACUGUACUACAUUCACAGCAACAAAAUUCUGCACCGAGACAUGAAGGCGGCCAAUAUUCUCAUCACAAAGACAGGCAAACUGAAAUUAGCAGACUUUGGUCUUGCUAGAGCUUUCAGUGACAAACUGAACCGGUACACAAACCGGGUGGUUACCUUAUGGUAUCGGCCCCCAGAGUUGCUACUGGGAGAGAGGAACUAUGGGCCAGCCAUUGAUUUGUGGGGUGGCGGUUGUAUCAUGGCCGAGAUGUGGACUAGAAGCCCAAUCAUGCAGGGUAACACAGAACAACACCAGCUGACCCUCAUCAGCCAGCUUUGUGGUUCCAUCACCCCAGAAACCUGGCCAGGAGUGGACAAGCUUGACCUCUUCAACAAAAUCGAACUGCCCAAGGGUCAGAAGCGCAAGGUGAAAGAGAGACUUCAUGGCUACGUCAAGGACCAGUAUGCCCUUGACCUUCUGGACAAACUCCUAACACUUGACCCAGCCAAGCGGGUCAACUCUGACGAUGCGUUGAACCAUGACUUUUUCUGGGUGGAUCCCUUACCCCAGGACUUGAACCACAUGCUGUCCCGGCACAGCAAAUCAAUGUUUGAAUAUCUGGCACCCCCUCGGAGGCGAGUCCCAAUACACCAGCCGCCCCAACAACCUGGAGUCGUCCGGCCCGCAGCUCAUAACCCGGAUCAGCAUUUUGAAAGGAUUUUCUGA